AGGAAAUGUAAACAAAAGGAUAACAGAGAAGAGAGAAAAUAGAUUGACCAGCACAUCACUGAUAUUCUGCAGAAAAUAAGAUAGUCUAUUCAAAAUACAAAUAACAACUAAUCAUAACGAUGGCGCCAGCUAUGAACAAAAGUAACAAGAUCAGGAAUACAAUGAGUAAAAUCUGCUGCUGGAAACCGUUAGAGACUCAAAUGUUAUGGAAGCGUAGCAAUAGAAUUUUGCCAUACAUUGAAUCAGAAACAGAAAAAGAAAUUGAAGACAGUGAUGCAGUCCUUGACUUAGAUGCCAUUGAGAUAAAAUAUGAAUGGCCUGAAAUUGACUUCAACAAAUUUGGGGAAAAUGGUAUAUAUACCAAAUCUUACUGUGAUAUGGAAUACAUACUAAGAAUGUCACCAGUAUAUGACCCAAAGUUUUCCAUGCCUCAAAAGGACACACGCAACAUUCUACAGAGAGCGCUGCAUCGAGUGAACAAAAGGGCACGAGAGGCCAAAUAUGCCAUUUCCACUGCUAUGAGCCAUGGGACAAAAUCAUCAAAGAAAGAUGGUUGCCAAGCGCAAAAUGACACCUCGACAUUCAGUUCUAUCUAAGACAUUGUACUAGCAAGUUGUAUAAGCCAUACUAUGACUGGACUGGCCCAGCAUUCGCCUUGAUGCAAGACCCGAUCUGGAUGAAGCCCUGUACCAUUUUGGGCAUAUAAUGAAUAAGCCAAAAAGGAUGCUUAUGAGUAGAUGGCAAUGGCCAAUUGCAAUAUGUUCUAAUGUAUCUAUAAGAAGACAUUAUUUGUGUAUAGGUUAUCAAUUAUGUAUAGGUAAUGUAA